UCUGCAUUUAUCUUUCUCAAUUACUACAGGAACUUCAAAACGCUUUCUGAAGAAAAAAACAAGCUUCAUGACUUUAAGAUUACUCUGAUCAAAGCGCAUUCUGAGAAGAAAAAAAGCAGCAUGAAGUAAAGAUUACUCUGACCGAAACGCAUUCGGAAGUGAAAAAAAGCUACAUGAAAAAGAGAAGCUGCUUGGUUGGAGACGGAAUGUUCAAUGGGAGUCCAAAUUAGACCAGCAUGAGUAUCGCUAUCUCAUCAACCCGGAGAAUGGAUGCAAGAAAUCGGAAAGCAUCACCUUGCUUAUCUGCGUAAUGACUAGAAUGAGUGGUGUAAAACAGAGGAAUGUCAUCAGAGAAACAUACGGCGCGGGAGUGGUGAAGUACAAUGUUUCUGCGAAGAUUUUAUUCCUUACUGGAAUCUCCGGGGACUAUAAUUCAACUCUGCAAGCUCAGCUGCAAAGUGAGGCUGAAAUUCACGGAGAUAUUCUACAAGAGGACUUUAUUGAUAGCUACUACAAUCUAACCACUAAACUCAUCAUGGCCGCCAAAUGGGCAUCCACAUUCUGUAAAAAUAGUAAUUAUGUAAUGUCAAUAGAUGACGAUGUCACUCUGGACAUCGUUAACCUCGUCAGCGACCUCGAAGCAAAUGUCGUUCUUUCAAAGUUUGUGUUAGCCGAGCCUACAUUUGGCUGGAAACCUAUGCGGGAUCCUGGAGAUAAGUGGUAUACUCCAUAUGAAUUCUAUUCGAAGAAGACAUGGCCUCCUUUUCCUCGAGGAUACGCGUAUAUCCUCUCCAUAGAUGUUGCCCAUGAUAUCUAUUGUGCCUCUCAGAAGACGGCUGCACCGAUACCCUGGGAAGAUGUUUAUUGUGGUAUGCUCUUACAGGCAGUAGGGGUGAAGAUGACCGAUAUAAUAUCUUGGUUUCAGACUAGACAUGGACAUGAGAAACAAGUGGCUCCAUUGGGAGCUCGAGACCACUAUGCGAUUUGGGAUAAGCCCCCAAUACAGACCUGGAGAGCAAUUAUUGAACAAAGAUACAAGAACAUUCACUUGUAGUGAAGUUUGCCUGUCCAGGAAAAAUUUCCUAGAGCUGCUUUGUCCUGUUGCUGGUUAGGAAGUUGGUUCGACAUAACGGGUGUCUGUUUGUUGAACUUGUAAUAUGUCAUGCUCAAAUAGUUUCAAUUAGGUGUAAAUAUAGGUUUGUUUGUUUGUUUGAUUGAUUUUAUUUCUGCGUUCAAAAAUAUACAAAUUCAAAG